AUGUUUUGUUAUAUUUGUGCAGGCUCUAACACAUGCCAAUUCCUAUCAACAAGUACAAGCUCAUCGAUUCUAAAUACCACAAAUUCAAGUGGAGCUACAGUUUUCGGCUCAGGACCCUCGGUUCCCAUGUCCAGCAUUGCAUCCCCCAUCCUCUUUCCAAAAGCAAUUCUUUGUCUUCCAUUAAUCACUCAUAUUUUCUGUAUGCGUAUUGUGUUUUAAGACAUAUAUUCUCUAUUUUUAUUAUAUAAAUAGAACUACAAGUAGAUCAUUUAAACUAUAUAAUCUGAUUUCAGGG